AAAAAAAAAAGUAAUUUAAAGAAAAUGUGUUAAUUUAGUGCAAAUGAACGACCAUUAUGAAUUAUGAAAGAUGUAUAGCAGUAACUUUAAAAAAUACAGCAAUAUUUUUAUCUCUGUUAACAAAAAUCGUUUUCUUCUAAUUUUGUGUUAUUUUUAGUUUUAACGAUAACAUUGCACCUUCAGUCAACUAUCUGGAAAUGGAGAGUUAUGUACCUAGUUUGGAUAUUUAUUGACCGAGUUGUGCACGAGUUGCAGUUUGUUCUAACAUGUGUUGUGUUUGUGUUAAAGAGUGAAGGUCAACAAGGAGAGAUUUGCUCAGAGCAGAGCUAUGUGUUGCUGCACGCAUCCAGGAAGACCUUCAGCAAUGUGAAGGUCAGCAUCUCAGCCCAGUGGACGCCGUCCGCCCAUAACGACAGCGUUCCUGCGUUCUGUCCGGUCGAGACAUGGGAGGACAAUCACCUGUUUGCUGACGAAAAGCAGGCCACGCUGUUUUUGGGAGCUCUGGACUCGAUCUUCCUCUUCUCGUACGCGGUGGGUCUGUAUCUGAGCGGCAUCAUCGGGGACAGAGUCAACCUGCGCUACGUGCUCUGCUUCGGCCUGUGCGGAUCCGCCAUAGUGGAAUUCCUCUUCGGCACCCUGACCGAAUGGCUCCACGUCUACAACGUCUACCUGUACUGCAGCCUGUGGGUGCUGAACGGCCUGCUACAGUCGGCCGUCUGGCCCUGCGUGGUGGCCGUCAUGGGCAACUGGUUCGGCAAAGCGGGGCGCGGCUUCGUGUUUGGACUGUGGAGUGCCUGCGCCUCGGUGGGGAACAUACUGGGUGCCUUCCUGGCCUCAAGUGUGCUCAAGUACGGAUACGAGUACGCCUUCCUCGUAACUUCUGUGGUGCAGUUUGCUGGCGGGGUGGUGGUGUUCUUUGGCCUCCUGACCUCGCCGAAAGAAGUCGGUUUGCACUUGGAGUCAGAAACCGGACUGAGCCCGGUGGAGACGGACACGGACAGCCACAGACCGCUGAUGAGUGACGAGGAGGAGGAUAAUGAGCAGCAGGUGGAGACGUACAGCCAACAAUGCCGCACGGAUCAGCCACCCGAGGAGCCUGAGGACGAGCCUCCUCACGCCAUUGGCUUUUUCCAGGCGUUCUGCCUUCCUGGAGUCCUGCUGUACUCCUUGGCGUACGCGUGCCUGAAGCUGGUCAACUACUCCUUCUUCUUCUGGCUGCCGUUCUACCUGAGCAACAACUACGGGUGGAAGGAGGCUGAGGCCGACCGGCUGUCCGUGUGGUACGACGUUGGCGGAAUCGUGGGGGGAACCCUUCAAGGUCUGAUCUCUGACUUCAUGGGGAAGAGAGCGCCUGUGUUGGUUUUCAGCCUCGUAAUGGCAAUGGGCUCCCUGGUGGGAUACAGCCGCUCUCCUAAUGACAAGGUGAUCAACGCAGUGAUCCUGGCGAUCACUGGUUUCUUCAUCGGCGGCCCGUCCAACAUGAUCAGCUCGGCCAUUUCUGCAGAUCUGGGGAGACAGGACAUUUUGAGGGGCAGCCAGGAGGCCCUGGCAACCGUCACUGGGAUAGUGGAUGGAACCGGGAGUAUAGGAGCUGCUGUAGGACAGUACCUGGUGUCGCUAAUUGAGAGCAAACUGGGCUGGAUGAGUGUUUUCUACUUCUUUGUCGUCAUGACAGGGGGCAGCGUUGUCUUCAUCGUGCCGUUGCUUGUAAGAGAACUGCGGGACAUGUGGAGAGAGAGGCAAGCUCUGCGCCACCAGCUCUGAGAGGAGAGCCCGACCGCCGGCUCCGGUUCUGCCCAUUAGGUCGGUUCCAGGAUCCAGAAGGUUCGCAGUCGGCCAGAACAGAAACACUAAAACGUACUGUAAGACUUCACUGAGCUCAAUAUGGGGCGGGGGGUUUAGCUGAAGUGCCUGAGGAGUAUAGAGGGAUUUGGCCUGAGCCACACUGGUGUACAUAUUUUAACAAUGUAAAUUAAUGUAAAUACUUUUCUUUUUCCUUAUGCACUUCAGUUGCUGCGAGUCUUAAAUCAGGAAUGUAAACGUGAGACCUGAGGUUAAAAAAGAAUGUGAAUAGUGAUUGUAGUUUUGUAAUCUUGCACUUAGAUUUAAACGGUCUGAAAAUUUUUCAGUGAACCACUUUAAUCUUCAUCUUUGUUUGAAAAAUGAUCCUGUAAAUAUGGGGACCGGUUCCAUCGUUCGCUCACGCCACCAACACGUUUUGUAUUCACUUUCUUUGCUCAGAAAUGUUUACACUUUUAUUUUCCGUUUCUUAAUUUGUGACUAACUCGCACUCUUCAAAUGUGGCGCGGCUUGCUUUGUAGGUUUAAACUCACAGCGGCCUCCACAUUCAUCUGAGCCCUCAUAAAAAAAACCCUAAAA